GUCACUGACACAGGAAUGGGCCAAAAUAACCAGAGAGGAAUGACAAACUAUUCUUAAGAGAAACAUUUAUUUCUGUGUUUUAUUUGUGCUGAAGGGAUGAAUUGCGUCUUCAGAGCUCGUUUCGAGGCAUCGCAGAGGGCUUUGUGUUGCUAAAUGGAGUCUGAGCAGUUGUUCAACAGAGGCUACUGCAGGAACAGCUACAACAGCAUCACCAGUGCCAGCAGUGACGAAGAGCUUCUCGAUGGUGCCGGCAUCAUCAUGGACUUCCACACCACAGAGGACGACAACCUGCUUGACGGGGAUGCAUCACCAGGGUCGAACUACGCCAUGUCUAAUGGUGGGGGUGGAGGAGGGGCCAGUAUUUCCACUCACCUGCUGGAUCUGCUAGAGGAGCCCAUACCAGGUGUGGGCACCUACGACGACUUCCACACCAUCGAUUGGGUCAGGGAGAAAUGCAAAGACAGAGAACGACAUCGCAAGAUAAACAGUAAAAAGAAGGAAUCAGCAUGGGAGUUCACCAAGAGUCUGUACGACGCCUGGUCAGGGUGGCUUGUGGUUACGCUAACAGGACUCGCUUCAGGAGCAUUAGCAGGUGUUAUAGACAUCACCGCAGACUGGUUGAAUGAUCUAAAGGAGGGGGUGUGUCUCAGUGCCAUGUGGUUUAACCAUGAGCAGUGCUGCUGGGGCUCCAACGAGACCACCUUUGCCGAGAGAGACAAGUGCCCUCAGUGGAAGACAUGGGCUGAACUCAUCCUGGGUCAGGCAGAGGGUCCUGGUUCUUAUAUAAUGAACUACUUCAUGUUCACGUUCUGGGCGCUGUCCUUUGCCUUCCUGGCUGUGUCUCUAGUGAAAGUGUUCGCCCCCUAUGCCUGUGGGUCAGGAAUACCUGAGAUUAAAACCAUCCUGAGUGGUUUUAUUAUUCGAGGGUACCUGGGGAAAUGGACCCUGAUAAUAAAGACCAUCACUCUGGUACUGGCUGUGGCGUCGGGUCUCAGCCUUGGGAAGGAAGGUCCACUAGUCCAUGUGGCCUGUUGCUGUGGCAACAUUUUUUCCUACCUCUUCCCCAAAUACAGCAAAAACGAGGCGAAGAAACGUGAGGUUUUGUCUGCGGCAUCUGCUGCGGGGGUGUCGGUUGCUUUUGGAGCUCCUAUUGGAGGAGUACUCUUCAGUCUGGAGGAGGUCAGUUACUACUUCCCUCUGAAGACUCUGUGGCGUUCGUUCUUUGCUGCUCUUGUUGCUGCAUUUGUGCUGCGCUCCAUAAACCCGUUCGGGAACAGUCGGCUGGUGCUGUUUUAUGUGGAGUAUCACACGCCCUGGUACCUGUUUGAACUCUUCCCCUUCAUUCUGCUGGGGGUUUUCGGUGGCCUGUGGGGGGCAUUCUUCAUCCGGGCCAACAUCGCCUGGUGUCAUCGCCGCAAAUCCACACGCUUCGGUAAGUACCCGGUGUUGGAGGUGAUCACAGUGGCGGCCAUCACAGCCAUCAUAGCUUUCCCGAACCCUUACACUCGGCAGAACACCAGUGAACUGAUUAAAGAGCUGUUUACUGACUGUGGCCCGCUAGAGUCAUCGCAGCUCUGCCAGUACCGCAGUCAGAUGAACGGCAGUCAGGCUUACCCCGAGGGCUCGGAUGCCGCCGCCAUGCCCGGCGUGUACUCUGCCAUGUGGCAGCUUAGCCUGGCGCUCAUCUUCAAAAUCAUCAUGACAAUCUUCACUUUCGGCCUGAAGGUCCCGUCGGGUCUGUUCAUUCCCAGUAUGGCCAUCGGUGCAAUUGCUGGGCGAAUUGUGGGUAUCGCUGUAGAGCAGCUGGCGUAUUAUCACCACGACUGGUUCCUGUUCAGAGAGUGGUGUGAGGUGGGCGCUGACUGCAUCACACCUGGUCUCUACGCCAUGGUGGGCGCUGCUGCCUGCCUGGGUGGUGUGACCCGUAUGACGGUGUCUCUAGUGGUCAUCGUGUUUGAAUUGACCGGCGGGCUAGAAUACAUUGUUCCUCUGAUGGCAGCCGUGAUGACUAGUAAAUGGGUGGGCGAUGCGUUUGGACGAGAGGGUAUCUAUGAGGCUCAUAUUCGUCUGAACGGAUACCCGUUCCUUGAUGCUAAAGAAGAGUUCACGCACACCACACUGGCACGGGAAGUGAUGCGUCCACGUCAAAGCGAACCACCGCUGGCCGUGCUCAUGCAGGAUGACAUGACGCUCGCUGAACUGCAGGCCAUAAUCACAGAAACAAGUUACAAUGGCUUCCCUGUCAUCGUCUCCAAAGAGUCGCAGAGACUGGUGGGCUUUGCACUGCGUAGGGAUAUAACGAUUGCAAUAGAAAACACCCGACGUAAGCAGGAGGGAAUAAUGCUGAACUCAAGGGUUUAUUUUACACAGCAUGCCCCAACCCUUCCCGCAGACAGUCCGCGACCGCUGAAACUCCGGAGCAUCCUGGACAUGAGCCCCUUCACCGUCACCGACCAUACGCCCAUGGAGAUCGUGGUGGACAUUUUCCGCAAGCUUGGCCUGCGCCAGUGCCUUGUGACGCACAACGGGAUUGUAUUGGGCAUCAUCACAAAGAAGAAUAUUUUAGAACAUCUGGAAGAGCUCAAGCAGCACUUGGAGCCCUUGGCGCCUCCUUGGUGUUAUUACAAAAAAAGAUAUCCUCCGUCAUAUGGCCCAGAUGACAAACCAAGACCCAGAGUCCAUAAUGUUCAAUUAGUGCCCUCUUCCUGCUAUAAGGAAGAAGAGAGUGAAGAGGAGGUCCGUUUACUGGACAAUUCAUCCCUCUGACCACACGCCACUUUAGUACCCUUACCCCCCCACACACCCCCAAAAAACAACAACACUAAGCCAAACAGGAACCCACCCUGGUCACAUCUUCUGGGUACAUGCACUGGAUUCCAGGAGACUUCCAAGGAAGAGCCUGGCUGCUUUGAGUUUGGUCUCGGACGCCCCACAUGGAGGGGAUUCUCCACAAGCUAAAAUGCUAAAGCUAACUCUCACACAUGCAUGAAUACUUAUUUGGCCUCUUUUUGCCUCCUGCCUGAGAAAUGUUUUUUUAAGAGGUGAAAGGUCAAGAUGAACAGCUCUAAUGCGGAGAGGAACCUUCACUACAGAGGGUGGACCAUAUACCGUCAUGACCCCUCCCACCGUCACUGCCCCGUCACAUCCAAAACAGACUAUAACAUUGUUUACCUGUGUUUUGUGCGUGUGUGUUGUGAAGGAGCAAGGAUGUGUUUGUGAAUGCACCCCAAUAUUCCAAUGACUUGUGAAGCCGAGUAAAAGCUCAAUAGCCUUGAUGUACGUCCAGAUUUGUUGGCUGCGCAAGCAAUAUUUUGGAAGUAUUUAAAAUGGCAAGAUGAUCAAAUGUAAAAUUAGCUUUUAUGUUAGCUAGGGAAAGGAUGUUGGGGUGAACAGGGUGAAAAUAAACUUCAUUAAUUGUCUUCAACCUUGACACUACAACGGUAAUCUGCCUUGGGAUUGGGAGUAACAAGCCAACAGAGUCUCUCUGUUGGCUUGUUUAGUCCAGACUAAAGCACUUUGUGCUUUUUGUUACUAGGAAUGAAAGGCAAAAAAAAGAAUGCUUUUCUUUACAGCGUCCAUCCGGGCUAUAAUAUUUGAUGUAUUUACAACACAACAAAAAGUUUGACUACCAAUUUAUAUUUGGUUUGCAAAGAAAUGUAAAUGUCUUAAGUGGUGCGAUUUUGACUCCAGUACAGUUAGGAAACACCCUUCUCUAUGUUCUUACACGUUAUAAUUGUGUUUUUGUUUAUUUUCUGCAGUGUCUUGUGUGGUGUGACAAUUUCUACCACUGUUAAUCAUCGUCUGGUUAAUCAAGCAUACUAAAGCCCCAAAAUUAAUUGAUAACAUCCCAUAUUGUUUAUUAGCAUGUAAAGCAAUCAAUCUAAGCACAAGCUAAUAUAAAGGACUACAUGUAAACCAACUCAAACUAACAUAUUUGGAUAUUAAAAAAUGCCAAGAUAGGCAAAGAUUUAGACAUGCUUGGGCACAAUUGCAGAAUUUCAUGAUAUUAAGAGAAUGACAAGGAAAUGUUAGGUUGUAGUAAUGGAUGAUGGAGAUGACUACAUGCCAUAUUUAAUUAGCUGCAUUCAAAAAGAGGCUGUGACGGAUAAAAGUAAAAUUAGACAUGUCCUAAGACCUAUUGAACUGCAUAUAUAUCCUUCGCAGUCUUAUUUUCAUUAAGCAUGCCAUCUAUCCUAGAAUCUCUUCCCUAAAAUCUUGUUUAUUUGUGACUGUUGCUGUUGUCCCCUCCAGUUGUUUUUGCGAGCAUACAUGGCACAUUUUUACACAAAUUUUACAAUUGUGGUGGUAAUUAUUCUUAUAACUCUGUAUGUCUGUAUGUUAAAUGCCAUAUUCUGUACCUUCUGUUUUCCCGGGCCAUAAUGAGUUACACAUGAGCAUGUUUUUUUUUUUUUUUCAUUAACAAGGGCGAAUUGUCAUCUUUUAACAGAUCGAUGUAGUUCUGUCCUUUUGCUAUGUUUCAGUGGUGACUAGCAUUAAAACCUUCCCCACUGAUUGACAGCAAACAAGCAGGUAUGGACAGGGCCUCCGUGUUCUCGUUAGCAGUUGAUGUACCUGUUAAUCAAUUAAGAAAAUGUUGUUAUAUAUUGAUCUAUCUUUUUUUUUUAUUUAUACUAGAGGUAUAGUUGUAAAUUAUGGAGAAUUUUACAUAUGAUUGAUGGUUUGAUUGUACAUUAAAAGCAUAUGUAA